CCGAACUUGGUAACUGGAUGGACCGAACUGGGUUACGCCGUUGGACAGAGUACGAAAAGCACAGGAAGGCGCCAUCCGUCGAGGCUUACGACGUUGGAUCAAUCCGAGGGCCAGUCAAGGGGAAAGACGUACCGUUGCGCCAACAAAAGUGUGAGAGACUGGUCAAGCGGUUGACAGACAGGUUACCGCAGUCCGACCGAAGAGUGACAUUCUUGGCAUGAUGAUAAAAAAUCUGGAGCUGGGGGAAAGCCAUUGUAGAAUCGAGAACCGAGUGCAGCACAGCGCAGGAGUGGUAGAUGUGUGCCCAUCGGUCGGGCAGGAUUGCUGCAUUGGCAGAUUGAAGGUACUCAGUAGUAGUAGUACUUAAGCGUCGUCGGUCUCGAUUGAGAUCUUUUAAAAACCGUUUAGAUGAGAAGAAUCAGUGACCGACCGAAUCUGCUCGAGGUCGGUUCGAUUUGGUGGAUAGGGUGGCGAUAGACUGGAUUAGUUAGAUUUUCGUUAGUGAGCUGGAGGAGGAGGUAAUUUUAUAACAUCUAACGAGGGAUGCCUGUAGAAAACUGGGCGAGGGAGUGAUUUGUGCCCUCGGAGCAGAUCUAGUAACGAGAUCCACAAUGGCUGGCACAGGAAGACGAAUCCGCGCAGGGUUAAAGAAGGAAUAUGGCUUGCCAAUCUCGGAGCUGCAUCAUCAUCAUCAUCUGCCUUGGGGAGCAACUGGACCGAACCCAUGGAUGAUGGACUCGCCACAGACUUGAGAAUGGGAUCUCGUCGUUACUGACUUGACAAACUGUACCUCGAAACUGAUUUCUCUCCCUCCCUCUCUCUCUCUCAUGCGGGACAAAAUACGGCUCACGUCAAUGAAUCAGUCAGGACAGAUUGAGUGAGUGAGUGACUAGAUCGAGAGUUGUCUGUUGUCGUUCGGGAAGGCGGUUUGCGCCGUGCAGUGUCGAUACAUCAAGUGAGAGUCGGAAAAGCAGUGUUCAGAUUAAGUCACUCUAAUCAUGUGAGGACACAACGAGAAGACAUUAUUGCUCUAGGAGCUCGGCUUAGGGUUUUACGGUUUAGAUGGGGAGCUGACCAGAGAGGGGAAUUCAAGAGCUGGCUGGUGGCCAUAACGAACCAAGGUUCAAGCGAAAGCAGCUCAGAUUCAUUUGGCCCUCAGAUCAGAAGGAGGCCAUUUGUUCUUCCAGAAGAUGCUGGUCAAUUAAUAUUGUUCACCCGCGGAAACAUGCACUGGGACAAGGGAGUUGUCGACCCCGUGACUCAUCAUCAUCAAUGCUAGCUAGAACCGCACUACAGUAUAGGGAAGCCUUGGCCUCCGGGGCGUGGAGAAACAUGCGAUCUCGAUUCCUGCAUCUUUUGUCAAACGCUUGCAAGUUCAAAGAGGCACUAAAGUACGAAAGUAUCCUGUUGGCCGCCGGUGAUGAUGGGGAUCCGGCAACGAGCCACCGUCGCGCUCGAAAUGACCUGCCGAGAGCAGAGUGGAAGAGAAUGGAAUCAAGAUAAUGAAAAGAAUAAGAUAUGGCUCCCUUUGAGAUUGAAAAUCACUCAUUUGUCGAAACGCACAUCUUCGAUCGAUCGAUGGGAGGACCCCUCUCUGCUGUCAUCGAAAGUAAAUGUACCGAGUGUCUCGCUUUUGGCCAAGCAGCAGCUCAAUCUUCUGCACAGCUAUAUCGUACAUCCUCCCGAGGUAGAUGAACGAAGUACAUCAACUUGAUGGUUGCUCCUCAUAAUGUGCCGUUCCUCUUUGGUAGACAGACUUCAAAAGCCUCAAGUCUUGUUUGCCUAUGAUGCUGAUUUUUCCACUAGCGUCCAAUGGUCC